AUGAGGAUGCAUGCCAUUGCGUUGCUUAUAAGUCUUAUUGUGGGGGUGUUCUCAAUUACAACAGAAGAACUAGAUAGAUUGAAGGAUGAGGAUGGUAUUAUAGCUGUUACAGAUGCUAAUUAUGCACAAAUAUCUAAGGGGUUAGAGGAUUAUUACAAUGUUCUAUUCAUUACUAUGAGGUCAACUAAUGAUGAAGGUGUUGCAUUGUGUAAGAUAUGUCUGGACUUUGAGGAUAAUUAUAGAAAUGUUGUCAGAUUGUUCCAAAGUCAAUUCCCUGAUAAGAAAGUAUAUUUUUUCUCUAGCGAUGUCCAGGAAACUAGACAAAUUGUGAGAGAUAUGGAUUUAAAGAAUGUUCCCCAUGCUGUUGUCUAUCCACCAAAGAAAGAUGGCGAAGUAUACUCAUGGGCCAAGACUCCAUUUUACAAAUAUGAAUUGGUAGAUAAGGAAGUAUCAAAUCCGCUGCAUUUUGGAAGUUUCCUUGGGAAGAUAAUGGAAGUAGAAAUAACAAUUCCACAAGAGUUCGAUGUGCAAGAGUUCCUAACUUACUUCGUCAUAUGUACAGCUAUAUUUGUGGUUCUCAAGAGGGUGGUGCUACCGAUUGUUGGAAAUAAAGGUCUUCUGUUUAGCAUCGUCUUGGCUUUUGGUAUUUUACUGCCUAGUAUUGCUGGCUUUAAGUUUACGCAGAUAAAUGGUAUCCCAUUCAUUGCUAGAGAUGGGAAAGGUAAUAUUAUGUUUUUCAGUGGGGGAACAGGCUGGCAAUUUGGAAUUGAAGUUGUGACUGUCUCGGCAAUGUAUGUGGCAAUGUCCAUAGUUGUGACUCUUCUCGUGUAUUGGAAAAAGCUCUGUAAGGGCAACGACAAUGCGAAUGUAUUAGGGUCAUUAUUUUGCGCAUGUUUGAUGUUUUUUUUGGUUCAUACUACAUUAGCUGCUAUAAGAUUAAACAGCCCGAGUAUCCAUUUGAAUUCUAGCGCAUAUAUGUCUCUAUUAAAUUACUGA